CAGCAGCGCUUUCCUCACGCUGUCACAGUGGCACUGAUGGUCUGUGCCCUGCAGUGCUGCCCAGCAGUGCCACCCAUCAGUGCCCAGCAGUGCCACCCAUCAAUGCCACCCAUCAGUGCUGCCCAGCAGUUGCACCCAUCAGUGCCCAUCAGUGCUGCCCAUCAUUACCCAACAGUGCCAGCCAGGGCUGUCAGUCAGUGCCUUCAGUCAGUGCCACCCGUCAGUGUUGCCCAACAGUGCCCAUUAGUGCUGCCUAUCAGUGCCCAUCAGUGCCGCCUAUCAGUGACCAUCAUUGCUGCAUAUCAGUGCAGCAUAAUUAGUGCCUCCUCAUCAAUGUCCACCAGUGCCGCCUCAUCAGUGCCACCUCAUCAGUGCAGCCUAUCAGUGCCCAUCAGU